AUGUCUAUUAUAUUACUUGUAUCGGCCAUAACAAUCCUCAUCCUCUUCGUCGUAUGGCGAUGGGGCAACGCCAGAGAGCUUAACCUACCCCCUGGUCCCCCACGAUCAUUUAUCAUCGGGAAUGCCAGAGAGUUCCCAAGAUUCUCUCCCUUCAUCCAAUUGACGGAAUGGGCCAAUGAAUAUGGCGACAUAUACUCGCUCAAGCUAUUGAAUAAGACGAUAAUCGUUCUGAGCAGUGGGACGACUGUGAAGGAGGUGUUGGAUAGGAAUGGCAUGAAGACGGGAGGCCGCCCGGAAGCGCACAUUGUACGGCGCGUCGAAGGGAAAAUCCAUCCUGUUUUCGACAGUAUCGAUGUCCCCAUGUGGAAAGCCAGUCGAAAGACCUUUCAUGCUUUUUUGACAAGCCAGGCCUUGGAAAGUUACUUUCCGAUGCAACAAGAGCGCUACCUGCGACUCCUGAGGGAUAUUCUCACUUCUCCAAAGGACGUGGUCAAGCACACCAAGCGACUUUCUGUGUCGAUCAUGGUCGCUCUGGUCUAUGGCCAAAAUGCGGACGAUGCGAGAGUUGAUCUCUUUUACCGGGGGAUGAAACGCCUCACACAACUCGCUGACCCCUUUACGAACCCCCCUGUCGACUUGUUCCCCAUCCUGAAGUAUGUUCCCGCACGCUGGGCAAGCUGGAAGCCCCUGUCUGAUGAGACGAAGGCCAUGCGUAAAGCAUUCCAUUGUGACCUCGUGGCAAGUCGUGAAGAAGCAUAUCUGGCUGGCGAACGCGUUGGAUGUUAUAUGGAGAAGGUUUUGGACCGUCCACUGGAUGACAAUUUGACUCGGGAAGAAAUUAGGGUGAUGUGUAGGGUCCUUGUGGAUGGAGGUAUUGAGACGCAGGCAUCAUAUCUUCAGACGCUGGUCCUCUCCUUAGCGUGCUAUCCUGAAUACCAAAGAAAAGCUCAGGCGGAAAUGGACCUCCUCGUUGGCGACGAGCGAUUCCCAACACUCGAGGACUUUGACGACUUGCCCUAUGUUCGAGCGUUCACCAAAGAGGUCCAGCGGUUCAGACCUAUCCUCCCGAUCGUACCCGCCCACGUCGCUUCCCAAGAUGUUAGGUAUGGGGAUUAUGUGAUUCCCAAGGAUGCCCUCAUCCUCAUGAAUACCUGGGGUAUCUACCACGAUCCAGAGUUAUUUGAGGAGCCAUAUACCUUUAAUCCAGAGAGAUACCUACACUCGGAAUUUGGUGUAAAGGAAGGGGCGAACGUCAAUGGAUUCCGCGAGAAUUUACCCUUUGGAGCUGGCCGGCGCGUUUGCCCUGGCGCAGAGAUGGCCUCCAGGACUAUUGCUAUGAACGCGAUGAACCUCAUAUGGGCAUUCAAUUUCGCGAAAGAUGGAUCUGGGACUUGCAACAUCGAUUUGGAUAACUAUCUACCCGGCUUGGAGCUUGCGCCUAAACCAUUUACCUGCGAUAUAACCCCAAGAAAUGCGAAGCGAGCCCAGAUGAUAUUGAAUGUGACCGUCGCUCACGGUUAA